AUGAUCUUAAGGCUGGCUUUACGGGUUGGAACAUUGAUCGCGCGCCGUCUCGCAUUAUCGGCCUCGUCGCACGGCGCCCUCCUUCGUUCCAGGCCUUCGCACUCUACGGGUCUAGGAUUUUUCAAGCGUGCUGAAGUGAGGAUGUUAUCUACGCGUGUCGUUGACCCGAACGUCGUCCAAAUGUCUUCUGCCCCCGAAGGGAAUGUGGCCGAGGCCGACUCGAAGGCCGUCUGUGAUACAUGGAGCGCUACGCGACCGUUUGAUAGUGUCAUGACGCCAAAAUUGGAGAGCUUAGGGGAUUUUCUCGAAAAGUACCCGGAGAGUGAUGGACGAGGGGUGAAGAUUGCGAUCCUCGACACUGGCGUUGACCCGAAACUCGAGGGGAUGCAGUUUACCUCGACCGGUGAGCGGAAGUUGAUCGGCAUCUACGACUGCUCGGGUGCCGGCGAUGUCGACUGCUCGCAUUCGGUCACCGCAAAAGACGGAAAAGUGACGGGACUGACGGGCAGAAUAUUGAAUGUCUCCGCCAUCAAGGGGCUGAACAACCCGUCCGGCAAGUUCUACCUGGGCACCAAGCCGAUCCACGAGCUCUACGUGAAGGGACUGAAGGCCACGAUGCUUAAAGAGCGCCAUCAACCGAACUGGGAGUCGUCCUCCAAUCUCGCGCUCGCCAAUGCGAGGCGUUUACUCGAGGAGCACGAGAAGGAAGUUGGAGGAAAAGCUUCGGAUAGGAAAGAGCGCUUGAAACGAGAGGACCUGGCCUGCCGCGUCGAUUUCGUGAAGGACAGCAUCAAGAAGGAGGACAAGGGCCCGGUGGCGGAUGUGUUGCUGUGGCACGAUGGGACUUCUUGGAAAGCUCUUCUCGACACGUCGUUCCGCGGAAAACUCGGCAUGUGCACCCCGAUGGGCCCGUACGCCGAGAAAUAUGAAUUUGCUGAGGGCACAAUUGAUGGAGAUCAACUCACAUACGGCUUCAACGUGUACGCCGACGAGAAGAAGGUGGAAAUUGUGACGGUGUGCGGAAGCCACGGCUCGCACGUUGCCUCGAUCGCCGCCGCCAAUUACAAGGAGAAUCCGGCGCUUAACGGGCUGGCCCCGGGGGCUAAGGUGAUAUCGAUCUGCAUCGGUGAUGCUCGGCUCGGGUCUACAGAAACAGGCACGGCCCUGACGCGUGCCUUCAAUCUAUGCCGUGAACUUGGCGUCGACGUCAUCAAUAUGAGCUACGGCGAGGGUGUGGAUUUCGACGAUAAGGGACGAGUAAUCGCCGAGCUGAAGAAGCUGUUGGAGCAUGGCAAGACGCUGUUCAUCUCAUCGGCCGGAAAUAAUGGACCGGCGUUGUCGUCUGUUGGAUGCCCCGGUGGCACGACAUCUGGAGUUAUUGGAGUUGGCGCCCUGCUGCUCCCUAACCAGCUCUCCCAAAUCUACGGCGCCGCCGUCAACGUUGACGAGCCGGCUCCAUUUUUGUGGUCAAGCUGCGGACCGGCCUCUGAUGGUGCUGACGGUGUCUCGAUUUACGCGCCGGGCGCUGCUUUCGCCGAAGUGCCCAAAUACACCCGAAAGUGCAACCAGCUGAUGAACGGCACGAGUAUGAGCUCCCCGAAUGCGGCCGGCGCAAUCGCCUGUCUACUCUCCAAAAUCAAGCAGGAGGACAAGAAUUUUUCGCCCUACGAGAUUCGCCUUGGGCUCGAGCAGUCCGGAACGCCGUUGAAGGGCUGUAUGGCGAAAAUGAUGAGGGUAUCUGCAGCCUACGACUUCUUGACCAAGUACGAGGAUCGGCGGCUGAAUUUGCAUGACGUGAAGGUCGCCUGCCGAAGAUGGGGCGUGCCCGGCAUCGAUCGUGGCAUCUACCUGCGCGAUCACGCCGACUUCCACUCGGGACCACUGAAGUUUACCAUCACCGUCGAGCCGCUGUUCACCAAAUCGGCCACUCCAAGUGAAAAGACCAACUUCAUGGAGCGAUUGACGCUUGAGCUUCUACCUGGCGAGGGCUCUUUACCCCACACUAGCAAGGCCAUCACGUGGCAGAUCCCCGAUAUACUCAACUUGACAUCCGGGGAUUCGGCAUUUUCCGUGCUGUUCGAGUACAACCCGAAGGAAGACCAGGAGAAGCAGCAUGUGCGAGGAUGGAUCGGUGGCCGUGACCACUCCGGUCGUAUCGUCUUCCGAGUACCGUACACGAUUCUGCCGCCUCGCAAGGAGCAAAAUUUCGAAAUGGAGCUGGCCGCUGGAGUCGUUGAUCGUCGCCUCAUCCACGUGCCAGAGGACCGGAAUAUUGCUUGCAUCCAAGUGAACGCCCCACCCAUGGCUGCCAAUGAGCGCAUCGUCAUCCACGGCGUGCAAAAUAUUCCACAACACGCCUUUCGGGACCAUGAACUGUCAAAGAAUUUCCUGACCGAAAAGGAUUCGCACAGCUUCCUGAUGAAAGUGGUGCCCGGUCGAUCGCUCGAACUCUGCUCGACCCUCUCCACCGUGUCGUACAAGAAGUUGAAGGUCAAGAUUGACGUCUCCUUCCACAACUUGCUCCACGAGCCGACGAUUCACUUGACGACCGCGUCUCAAAUCAAUCGGUUCUUCGUGGAGACUGUCUCCAGCCUUCCCAUCGAGUUCGAGCCGGCCAUUUCCCUAAAAUCGAUGACAACUUACUACAAGCCGACCGAGAUGAAGCUCGAGCCACUGGCGGUCCGUGAUCUGUUCGCCGACGGCAUCCAGCUGAACCGCAUCCAGUUGAGCUACAAAAUUAACGUCCACAAAGCCGCGGAACACCAAUUCGAGCUGGGAGGCCUAUCUGGAUACCUCUACGAGAGCCCGUAUGACGACAUCUUCUUCCAAGUCUUCUCGAACACGAAGGAGUACCUUGGAGGGAGCAGCAGCUUCAAGGAGCGGUACCCAGUCAAGUUGGAGAAGGGCGAGUACAAGGUGGUUGUGCAAGUCCGUCAUCCAGAAGAAGCGGCGUUGGAGAAGCUGAAGGACGCGACGUUGACCGUCUACAACAAGCUGGCCGCCGCCGUCUCCCUCGACUGCUACAAGACUGCCGACGCCCUAGCAGCCGGAAACGGCAAGGGCAAGUGGGAGAAGACGAUGCUCGCCCAAACGCAACGAGCCACGCUGUUCGUCCAAAAUGUCCCCGAAGACAAAUUGGGCAAGCCAUCAGCCGGAGGAACACUGCGAGGCGUCUUCACGCCAUUUGGUGGCGAGUGGAAAGAUAAAUAUACAGUACCUGUCGUCGUCCACCUGGCCACCGCCGAGUCGAAGAAGCAGUCGAAGGCCUGCUCGAUGGUCGAGCUGGAAGCGCCGAAGAAAGAGAAGGAUACGCCGGCUCAGGAAUUGGCUAACGCCCUCCGAGACGUAAAGAUCAAGCACUUCGACAAGAUGGAAAAGCUGGAAGAGGUGGAAAAUCUGUACACAGAGGCGGUCGGCGAAAAGUUCCAUCUGCCACUGGAGCUGGCCUACGUCAAGAAGCUGUACGGGUUGGCCACCGGAAAGACUGCCGAGGGCAAAGAAGAGGCUGCCGAGCGCUUCUUCGAGCAGGCGACGUCGAUUUUGGAGAACUGCAACCCGCAAGAGGUGCUCGCCUACUUUGGAACCCAGAAUGCUGAUGCUUCCGUGGAGCUGGCGGCCAAGAAAGAGGAGUUUGACCAGAAGAAGGAUGCCAUCAUCGAAAUUCUCACGCAAAAGGUCUCGAUUCUGGCGACCCGGAAAAUGGCCAAAAUGGACAAGAGCCGAGUCCCGGCCACCUUCCUCGAGACGCCCGUCACUAAAGCCGACACCACCGAGAUUCCGGUCGAGGUGAAUGGCGACGCUUCCAAGGCGGAGGAGAAACAACCUGCGGCCGCCCCCGCCCAAAUCUCGAAAGAACUCGAAGACGCGUUCGUCGAGUUGCAAAAGUUUGUGCCGUUGGAUGAUGCAAAGAUGCACCUCCCGUACUCCAAGUACGCGAUGGCCAACGAGUACCACGGGAUCGCGAUCAAGCUGCUCGAGAAGCACAUGAACGAUGCGCGGACGAACGGCAAGACGCCCGAGUACGACGAGAAGACGUUGGCCGAGCUCGCCAACCUGUGCGGCUGGGACCAUUUGGCCACCUCGUUCAAGAACGACCACCUCCACAAGGUGCGCCCCAACUAUCGCCCAUUC